CGCGAGAGAGAAACAUGUUUUCAUGGUUCCGUGUGAAAGAGACAGGUGCUCGUGGUGCACGCAUCGACGAACUGCACUGGGUUAUAAGAGAACCGGGUCAGGUGAUGACCCCAGAAAGUAUAUGUACGCCACUGCACAAGUAAACAUGCGCUUGAGAGAAGACACCUUUGGGGAGGUUGUUGCUUCCAGUCUUUUUUUUUUCUAUUGACUGACAGAUUCACCUUGGCAACCAUCUUGCUAAAAAGUUAGGGGCUGCUUUUCUAUCUCUUAUCGACUUUGUGAAAUGAUGUCGACAUCAGUUCUUAAAGUUGAACCAAAACAGGAGCCGACAGAUGAAUUGGCUAUUGAAAAUGUCACCAUAAAAAGGGAGCCCAAUGAGAUUACGAUCCGUGAGGAUUAUUCCAAUGGGGGAAAUCAAAAUGAUGUCAAGUGGGAAGAUCGAAAUUUGGCACAUAAUGAACAACUGGCAGUUUUUACGCACGAGUACGAUUACACAGCGAGUAAUCGAUCUUGUGUAAAAUCCGAAGUUUCUGAAUAUUACAAUUGUAACGAGUGUAGUUACGUGGCGGUCCGUAAAUCAUUCUUAGUACAGCAUCUCUUAAGUCAUAAAGUCUGUAAAGAUCUCAAAUGUGUUCUGUGCGAUUAUAAGACACCUUUCAAAGGCGCUCUAAAAGAGCAUCUGCGAAGACACAAGAGGAAUUUUCAAUGCGCUCAGUGCGAUUACGAAACAAACCUAAUAAGAGAUAUGAAGCGACAUCUUUUAAUGCACGUGGAGUCCACAGACUUAAAAUGUGUACUGUGCGAAUACUUAACAAAUGACAAAACUGAGUUACGAAAGCAUCUAAAAAUACACACCGCCAAGGAGUUCAAAUGUGCCCAUUGUAAUUUUGGCACAAAUGUCAAAGGCGAUCUUAAGCGACACCUUUUAAUACACACGGCCGUUAAGAAUUUCAAGUGCGUCCAGUGCGACUAUUCCACCAAUUUUAAAUGUCACUUAAAACGACAUCUCCUAAGGCAUAAAGCUUCCAAGGAUAUUAAAUGUUCCGAGUGUAAUUACGCAACGCACGAUAAAUAUUGUUUGAAACAGCACCUCUUGUCACACAAGCCGUCGAAGGAUUAUAAAUGUGCACUGUGUGACUACGCGACACACGUUAAGUCUUACUUUAGAAAACAUCUGUUAACACAUAACACCUUCAUUGACUUUAAAUGUGACCAGUGUGGUUACACGACAAAUAAUAAAUAUUACUUCAAAUACCAUCUCUUAAUACACAACACGUCCAAAGAUAUAAAGUGUCCUAUGUGCGAAUACGCCACAAACAAUAAAUCUUAUUUAAAACAGCACUUAUUAAGGCACAACAUUUGCAAGGAUUUUAAAUGUGGCCAGUGUAGUUAUGCAACAAAUGACAAGUAUUACUUCAAAAAACACCUCUUAUCGCACAACGCCUCCAAGGAUUUAAAAUGUGCACACUGCGAUUUUGCAACGAAUAAUAAAUCGUACUUCAAAAAACACCUCGUGUCACACGAGAAUUCCACCGAGUUGAAAUGCGCCGUAUGCGAGUACACGACGAACAAUGAAUAUUGCCUCAAACGACAUGUCGCAUUACACACGAGACCCAAGGAUAUAAGAUGCACGGUGUGUGAUUAUGCAACAAACGACAAGUCGUGUUUAAAAAAACAUCAGUUAACCCACAGCUUGUUCAAGCAAUUUAAAUGUGACCAGUGCAAUUUCGAAACCAAUCACAAGUACUAUUUCAAACAGCACAUUCUAUCGCACAACAGCUCCAAGGAUUUCAAAUGUGCACAGUGCGAUUACGCGACGAACAUGAAGUACUGUUUCAAACGGCACGUCUUGCUGCACAAGACGACCAAGGAUUUGAGAUGCAUGCUUUGCGAUUAUGCGACGAACGAUAAAUCUUACCUACGGAAACAUCUAUCGAGACAUAAUAUAGCCAAGGAGUUUAAGUGUCCUCAGUGUAAUUACGCGACAAACGAUAAAGGUUAUUUAAAGCGGCACAUUUUGUUGCAUAAGAAAUCGAGCGAUGUUAAAUCUGCUUAGUGGGAUUUUGCUCUCGUUACACCAACACUACCUGUGAACGCACUGCCUCCAUCGAUUUAAAAUGAUGUAUCGACUGAUUACAGUUAUACUUGUUUAGGAUGUAGAGUAAUAAAGUGUUUAUAAUCUAGAAACAUUUAUGUAUUCUAUCUAUUUAAACAAAAAUAAAUGUUAAUAAACGUA